AGACAGCUGGGCGCUAAGGGGAUACCCAGCGCCUUUAGACUUAUCUUAAAUCGGGCAUCUGCAUCAACACUUAUUUCUGGGGUCUCCAUGGACAGCAGCUCCCGAAACAGAACACCUGCCCGGCCCGCCCUUCGCUGAACUAGAAAACCGCCCCGGGACGUUCUGCCGCAGUGUCCCCCUCACGGAGUUCCGUUCGUCUGCUUGGUCGGUUGUUCUCUGGAGCCCCAGGACCCAGGCCGCUUGUAUGUGCCUGCGGCCGCACGGCCCCAACACGCGGACUUCGAGCGGUACCGGGAGACCGGCGCGGCCUCCUCGGAGUGGACAGUGAAGCAACUGGGCCAGGCUGGGGGGCUGGGCCUGCCCAUGGCGACCCGUCCACGUCUCCAGGACCUCAGCCUGAGCCUCUUCGCAGCCUCGUUUUCUGUUGACCGAGUUCUGCAAGGGGACAGGAGGAACCACAGCGUUCUUGCACUUGAGACCGCUGUGAUUUUCUGACAUUUUGGAGGCAAAAAUGCCUGGGAAGAGGCCCACAGAUGCAACUGUCAUCCGUAGUGCCGAAAGGGAACGGAAAGUGAUUACCCUUGACUUCAAAUUGGAAGUGUUACGACGAUUUGCAGCGGGUGAGAAGCUCAGUCAGAUCGCAAAGGCCUUAGAUGUUGCUAUCUCUAGAGUGGCGACCAUCCGAGAUAGUAAAGAAAAAGCGAGUUCGCAAAUAGCUACUCCUUUGAGAGCCUCUCGGUUGACUCGCCAUCGAAGUGCAGUGAUGGCGAGUAUGGAGCGGCUGCUGAGCUUGUGGGUGGAAGACCAGAGCCAGCCAAAUGCCCCCUUGAGCGCCGCCAUCGUUCAGGAGAAGGCUGAGUUUGAUGACUUACAGCGUGAACAUGGCGAAGGCUCUCAAAUGGAGAGGUUUCAUGCAAGUAAAGGGUGGCUUGUGAUUAAGGAGCGCCGCUGUUUGCCCCACUUCAAGAUGAACAGCACAGCUCCCAGCAAUAAGGACAUGUUCACAGAAAUGCUGAAAAGCAUCAUCGAAGAAGGUGAGUACACCCCCGGGUGUCUUUAACGUAGAUGGGACAGGACUUGAUUGGAAGAGAAUGCCCGAAGGAACGUUUAUUUCCGAGGAA